AUGAGCGCACUAGAGACACUCAAAAAGUAUACGACCGUAGUGGCCGACACUGGUGACUUUGAAGCCAUUGCACAAUACAAACCUCAAGAUGCUACCACCAACCCUUCAUUGAUUCUUGCUGCAUCGCAAAAGACUCAAUAUGCUCAUCUUUUGGAAGAUGCUAUUGCUUAUGGCAAAAAGAAGGGAGGCGCAUUCGAUGAUCAAGUUACGUGGGCACUCGACCGACUAUUGGUCAACUUUGGAGUCGAAAUCCUAAAGAUUGUACCCGGUCGUGUAUCAACUGAAGUCGACGCCCGCUUGUCAUUCGAUUUGGAAGGCACCCUUGAUAAAGCCAGACGAUUGGUAGCAAUGUAUGAAGAAGUUGGUGUUGAUGCCCGCAAACGUGUCUUGAUCAAGAUUGCAUCCACAUGGGAGGGUAUACAAGCUGCCAAGGAAUUGGAAGCUAAGGAUGGAAUUCAUUGCAAUUUGACCUUGUUGUUCAGUUUCCCUCAAGCUGUGGCAUGCGCAGAAGCUCAAGUCACAUUGAUCUCUCCAUUCGUCGGCCGUAUCUUGGACUGGUACAAGAAAUCAACAGGCAAAAACUACUCUGCUACAGAAGACCCAGGUGUUAUUUCAGUACAGCGUAUCUACAACUACUACAAACGUCACGGAUACAAGACUAUUGUUAUGGGUGCUUCGUUCAGAAACACUGGUGAAAUCGAGGAAUUGACUGGUUGCGACUUUUUGACUAUCUCGCCUGCUCUUUUGGAUGAAUUGUCCAAGAGUCCUACUGCGUUGACGCCUCGUGUUACUGCUGAGAAGGCCAAGACUUUGGAUAUUCCCAAGGUCACAUACUCUGAAAAAGUCUUCCGAUGGGACUUGAAUGAGGACGCCAUGGCUACUGAAAAGCUAUCUGAAGGUAUUCGAAAGUUUGCUGAAGACGGUAUCAAGUUGGAAAGCGCUCUUAAAGCUCGCAUGUCUUGA